AUGAGCGUCGAAGCUGCUACCGCCCAAAUGGCAAACACCACCCUCAACGAGCCAAGCGCCACUGCUGAAGGCGCUUCUGUCGGCGCUGGCGGCGACAAGCCCAUCAACGCCUCGCAGAACGAGGCCGUCAUCGCCAGUGCCGCCGAGGGCAGGAGACUGUACAUCGGAAACCUCGCGUACGCGACCACCGAGGGAGAGUUGAAGGAAUUCUUCAAGGAGUACCUUGUCGAAACUACGUCAAUCCCCACCAACCCGCGCACCACUCGCCCAGUCGGCUACGCCUUUGUUGACGUAUCGACGCCGUCUGAGGCUGAGCGUGCCAUCAACGACCUGAACGGCAAGACCAUCCUGGACCGUAAGGUCUCCGUUCAGCUCGCCCGCAAGCCUGAGCCAGCUGGCUCCGCCGCACCCGCCAACAACGAGAAUGCCGAGGCCGGCGAGGGUCAACAGCGUCGCCGCUCAUCGACCCGUGGACGUGGCCGCGGCCGUGGACGUGGAGGCCGUGCCGCUCGCGGUGGCCGUGGCAAGAAGGACGGCGAGAACGGCGAAGAGGGACAGAACGCCAACGGCACCACCGGACCUACCAAUGUUCCAGGACAGGUGAACCCGCUCACCGCCACCACCAACGAGGCGCUUACCACUGAGAACGGCGCCGAGGAUGCUCUUACCCUCAAUGCAAAAAAGGGCGGAAAGACUGAUGCACGCGAGCCACGCAAGCAGCGCGGACCACCAGAAGACGGUGUUGCCAGCAAGACGAAGAUCAUGGUCGCUAACCUGCCUUACGACCUUCGUGAGGAGCGCCUUCUCGAGAUCUUCGCCGACUACUCCCCAACCUCCGCCAAGAUUGCCCUCCGACCCAUCCCCAAGUUCAUGGUUCGCAAGCUUCAGGCACGCAACGAGCCUCGCAAGGGUCGUGGCUUCGGCUUCGUUACGCUCGCUAGUGAAGAGCUGCAACAGAAGGCAUGCAACGAUAUGAACGGCAAGGAGAUUGAGGGCCGCGAGAUCGCCGUUAAGGUCGCGAUCGAUAGCCCAGGCAAGGAGGACGAGGACCCAAAUGCUCCAAUUGAGGGUGCCGCCGAGACCGAUGCUCAGCCAUCCACUGCUGAGGGCUCCGCCAACGUCAACACUGCCACCGCAUAA